AUGACGUCGACGUUCAGUCUAUGGGAGUCAUUCCAGGCCAUUAUGGCCAGACCUGCCACAAGCAACCUCAGAUUUUACAUGUCUGUGGCGACUCUGCCAGACAUGCCUUCCGCCGCCACCGCUGAACCAAUGCCGCCAGAUGGCCAUAAAGCACACAAAAAUCAGCUCACGGUUAUUCCCCAGGCAUUUAGGAGACUGGAGACCAUGCAUAUAAUGGCCAAAGGUUUCUCCCAAGAGGCGCUGGACUUCCUGGAUCGGCGAAUUCCAUCUGCACCACUGGACGCAGACAACCUCGACGAAUAUACUGGAGAGGCACUCACCCUCCCGUGCGCCCCACACUACAAUAUCCCGAGGCACGUUGGGGGGCAGGUCUCCAAUAUUGAGCGAGUCUGUCGUUGGGUCGUUGAAUACCCCCUGACAACCUCUCAACGCAUUCUACAUCUCACUAUGCCACAAACAGACGACUGGAGUUUUUCACCUGAGAAGCAUGCCCGUGAUAUCGACAUGGACAAAGACAUAUUCCGGUACACCACUUUUAGUGCCGCUGCUGCACCUCUGCCUCCCAGAGGGUGCGCAAUACCUUCAGUCACUGUGGUCAUACAGCCACCGUGGAUACUUUCCCCGCAAGAUCUUGUGGCAUUUGUAGCUUGUGGAGCACUCCCUCCUUAUAAUCCGAAUGGUCCAGUCAAGGAUUAUACCUGCAGUCAGAGGUUGUGGAGCAAGAUCUGGGAUGUCUGUUUCCGAGAGCGAUCUCGCUGGUUUGUAGUCACCUCAUAUUCUGGUUGGGUGUUCGGUGCCUUCUCGAAAGGGUGGACACGAGCCUUUGUAUCGCCAAUCUUCAAGUCAGAUGAUCAAGACCCUACCGUGGAAGAAAUUCUAGUCUUCUGGCUCGCCUCAGCAGUAGGUGUCGACGGAGGCUGGACGAUACCCGAGGUACCAGAACCUGUUCACACCAUUGGAUUGGAGGUCGCGAACUCAAUCCCUCCACCUCUCACCCGUAGACCCCCCUUUGCACCCUCUAUCUCGGACUGGAGUGGCGAAGGUGGCGCACACAUGUCGGACACUUCAUCAACCAUUCAUGCUGAAGAAGUCGACAGUAGGCUCAUGGAUCUCCAGGACGAAGGCCAUUGUGGCAGUCUGUCUGGAGUCCCGAACAACCCCAUCGUGCGGGAGAAAUACAGACACGACUCCAUCGACUCUGUUGAGGGUAUCCAACACUGGAUAAACCACGUAGAUCCGACCAGCGUUCCCCCCGAACGUACUCCAUCUCCGAGUCCGUCACAGUCGUCUGCGUCAACGGUGCGAGAGUAUACGUGGAACAGCAGUCGAGAGGGUGACUGGGUGUCAGUCGAUGUUCGGGAUCGUCGGUAUGAUUAUGUGUGCUCGGGGUAG